UUUAUUUAAAAGGAAGUCUUAAUAUCGUGGCGUAAGGUACAAUUUUGGAAAUUUAGCGUCAGUCGAUGGGGAAUCCAAGUGAGGUUGUAAUGCAAGUGUCAGGUGGGUACCACUCGGCGGGUUAGGCUGACGAUGAGUUCGCCAAAGCUUAACGAAAGAUGCCCGAGCAGCAUGAGCAACGGUAAAAAACAUCUCAGCACCGAUUCUAAAGAGGACUCCCUUGAUAACUCUAUACGGGAGUCAAUAAAGUCCGAACGUGCUGGAGGAAAAUCCGAAGAGGACUGCAGAAGGCGCACAAUCAUUGUUGAAAAGAAAAAUGGUAGCUACGGAUUCACACUCCAAAGCUACGGCAUCCAUUACAAAAAGGAGCAAGAGAUUGAGGUGAUAACGUACGUGGACCAUGUGGAAGCCGAGGGCCCCGCGGCCGCCGCGGGCAUGCGGGAGGGAGACGUGAUCCUCUCCAUCAACGGAACGGACGUGGAACGCGCAGACCACGCCACCAUCGUCGCUGCCAUCAACGCUUGCGACUCACGGAUGCGAAUAGUAGUUAUCUUCGAAGACUGUGUUCGCAAAGUGGAACUCCACCUCAAGUAUAUCAAUAUCCAACGUACUCUGCAGUCUAAAAUGCGCGAACUCGAACAACUAAGCAUUCGAGAGAGACAAGUUUUUGACACAAAUUGGAAAACGCACAGCUUACCUUCACAAAAGAAAAAAUCUUCUCCAUCCGAUAUUAUUUCGGAUAGCGAGGAAAAUAAUAUUACUGAUAGUAUUAAUAGCGCUUACUGUCGGCCUACGCUGUCGAGUGAGAACGUCACGGCCACAAAACCGCCCCAAACUAACGUGUUCAUGUAUCAGUAUUUAGACCCAAGAUAUGGCGCCUGUAUCAUUCAACCGAACUUACGAACCGGCGGCUUUGUAAUAACCGUAGGAUCGCCGAGGAACAGACGCGAAUGCCAUCAUUAUGUGGUCAAGACAUCUGGUGAAUGCCAUCGCGCCUCCGAGGCGUACAAACCUGCUAUCGGGAAGCACACGAAAACACAUAGAAGCAGUCAUAGUCAUGGAUGCGCGCCUUGUAUGCCGGUCUAUAAUAACCAAGAUGCGAACAGUCUCGAGGCCUAUGACCUCGCCAGCCCUUGCUGUGAUCCACAUUGUGUACCUAACUCUAGAAAGAAAGUUCGACGAAAGAAAGAGUGUUCUAAGGAACACAAAAGAAAAGAGAAAAGCCAGCAAGUUGACAAAUCAACUCAGAAACCUGACACAUGCGCGUAUAAUCACCCAAAGAAAGUUUGUAGCUCCGGUCACUGUUCAAGUCGAUAUCGUUACUUGACGACUGAAUCGACCCAAACAAGCCAAUGCAGUCUACAAUCAUAUGCUACCAGUAACGCUACUAUACCUUGUGAUAACUCAGCUUCUAGUUAUAGUACUUCUCUAAGUAGCGACACACUGUUUUGGGACAAUGACCGCUCAGAAGCAAAAUCGUCUCCAAAAAUUCAAUAUCAUAGUUCGCACCAGCACGUAAAACCCAAAUCAUGGGAUAAUUUAGCAACGAAAGCUAUAGGAGGCUACGGCUUCGGCUACGGUUAUUUAGAUACGAGCGCUAAGCACCCUAACCGAUCAAAAAGUCACGGACGAAGUCACAGCGGGCGCAGUGCCCAAACCCAUCAUGAUUGCCAACAUCACACCCAAGACAAGCACCCUCACAGGCAGAACGGGACGCCGCACCACUACCCUGUAUAUGGCAGGAGCCACAGUCAUUGUCCUCCGACUAAAUCCACUGAGAGUUUGAUCGUAGUCCCGAAGUAUCCUUUGGAGAGUAGUGGUUCAGAAAGUCGCCUGGCAUGCGACUGCGGCGACUCCACCGAGUACUAUCGUCGUGUGGGCACCACCAAGAGUACAGGGGAAUCCCAUUCCACCUAUUACUCGCAGCGCUUUGUAUACCACGCUCACUCGUACAAAAAGAAAGAUACCAAUGUAAGCUCCGAAAUAACUAGAUUGUAGGACUUUGCUCAAUAUGAAGCCUAGUUUUUUUUAAAUAUUAAAUGAUUUCUCUAGUUAAUUAUGAUCAGUGAGAUGUGUGAAUAUUUAAUGUAAUGUAAUAGAAUAGUAAUGUAAUGUAAUGUAACAGAUGAGAGAGUGUAUUAUUAUUUUGUAUCAUUUCACAUUUAAAUGCACAAAAUGAAGCAAUAAUUUUAAACUUAUAAUAGUGAAAAUGACUCUAGAGCAACAAAAAUAAAAGCUUGGUACCUACAAAUUUUUCGCAACACAACAUUCAAUGCAACGCGAACAUCCUGCAAUAAAAAAUAGGAGUUUAUUCAUAGAUGGAGAUCAACAAAUCGUACUACUGUAUUCUCUAUCCAUUAAAAUUAUUUCGCGGCUAAUAUGUACUUAAGUUUCGUCACAUCGCAAAAGAACGUGCGAACGUGGACGCAUACAAAGUGUUCGUCGAAAGAACUGAACCGACGAAAACACGCCUGCGAAUGCACGGUGAUGCUUGCAGUUGUUUUUACAGUGUACUAGCUGAUGUCCACGACAAAAAUCCCGUGGGAACUCUGCGGAACAAAGAUGCGCAUACGUCAUCUCGCCAGGUCUUUAGCUAUAUACAUGCAAAAAUCACGUCCAUCCAUUGAUCCAUCGCGGCGUGAUUGAAGGAUAAUCCAAUAAACCAAUAAGCAAACAAACUUUUGCAUUUAUAAUAGGUAUGAAUAGUGAUUCGCGAACACUUGUUGUUGUGUGUUGUGAAAUGUUGCAUGUUUAAUUGCAUGUUGUAUUGCGAAUAAUCUGCUCGCGGCUUUAUAUAACGCCAACAUGAGUCAAAUAAUCUCGUAUUUUUAAGAAUAUUUUGU